AUGCCGCAAACUAAAAAAUCAAGACAAAUCGUUCGCUUUCAAAAACAUAUUUCAAGCACGCCAUUAAUCACUUCUUCUUCAUUCGUCGCCUCCAGAAGGCCACUCCCUUCUAAUACUCGAACACCACCAUUUUCUAUUAACUUUUCAAAGAAACAUCCUAUUACGAAUAAUAAUAUUAAUGGCGGUAAAUCAAAAGUCGCUAAAUACAUUAAACGGAGAAAUUCGUCGCUUCUUGAAGAAUUGGAUGCAAUAAUGAAUGACUUUUUUCCACAAUUACUGGCAUCAGUAAAUGAAAAGAAGACGAACGGGAUCUUAAAAGGAAACAAUGAUAAUAGCAAUCUGAAAGAAUGUGAUAAUGCGCCUGCUAUACAAAUAACGACGACUGAAAAUUCACAAAAAGUAGAGAAGACCGAUGGAUCUGCCUUGAAUAAGGAACUUGAAUUUACUGUACAAGUGUUGAGUAAUCUCGAUGUAAAAGAAUAA